AUGAUAUCUUCAAGUCAAUGUGAUCUCAAUCAAUAUAGCCAAGCAAUCGAUAUAUCAUUAAACAGUCUUGAUUAAAGUUCGAGUGUAUGCCAACGAUUUUAAGGAGUGAAUACCAUUAACUAUUCUGAUGAUUAAAAUGAAAUUGUUUCUACAUAAUCCAUUCGAAUUCCAUUCAAUAGGGUUGAAUUUAUCUAAUAGCCAAUAUAACCUAAGAAAAUAAUGUCUGCACAGAUUAAAAAGAUUAGUAAUUCUUAUUAAUUCUACAUUUUUGACUUCUUGUUGAUGGAGGCAACAAAAAAUGGACUCUUAAACUAGAAAUACAUUAUUUAAUCAGAGAGCAAGGCUUUGGUGGGGAAAAUAAAAAUUUUUGAGAACGGAAAACUUUAUGUUUUUUAAGAUGGUGGAAUGAGUCCAAAAAAGUGUACAAAUCAAUAAUUUUACAGAAAAUAUAUGGGGAGUAUUUGCAAAAAAAAUGAAUUAAAAUGUCACAUACCAAAGAUAAAUUAAUAAAAUAAUUAAAUUUAUACUUAUUCACCUGUUUAUUUUAAGAAAAACAAAGAGAUUAUUUAAUAAAAUAAUUAAUUUUUUGAGUUUUACAACAUCUUCAAAUUUUAAAAACAAAAUUUGUGGUCUAUUUUUUACAAAAAAGAAUUAACAUCUGAUUAAUUCUUGAUAAAAAUACAAAAAACAGAUGAAACCUCAUUCGAAGUACUAUACACAACACCACUGAAUCAUUUAUAAGCCUUUUAGAUUUGUGUUGCUAUAAUAUAGAUUAUUUCUUGA